AUGAGCCUCCGCUUCCCCAGCCUUUACCGAUCUCUCCAUUUCGUGGCCAAACAACAAGCCCGUGUGGCGUCGACCUUCUCUCCAGACUCUCUUCUGCGGAACGUAAUGAUUGCAGAUCAGUUUUCCAACUUCCUGGCCACGCCCCUGAGGCAUGAUUUUAUCCCGAGCCUUGGAAAGCCCAUGCAGCAAGUCCUAUGGAUCGGGUGCUCCGAUAGCUGCUUUCAAGAAACUACAGCCCUCAAUCUGUUGCCAGAUGAGAUGCUCGUCCACCGCAAUCUAGGCAACAUGCUCAUCGAUGGGGACCUCUCAUCAGAAAUUACCAUUAAGCACGCCGUAUCCGAUCUCAAGGUACGAGGCGAUGCCAGACACGCAUCUCGUGCUAGAGCUGACACGAUUGCAGGUAAAACAUAUUGUGGUGUGCGGUCAUUAUGGAUGUGGGAUCGUUCGGGCCGAAUCAAGGGACGGCUUGGAUGGACCGUGGCUCAGGUAAUCUCCUCGGAGGGCCGUCGGGAUCGUGCGUUUGUGGAAAUGAAUGUCCUCGACCAGCUGCACUCCCUGCGAAAGUUCCCGGAAGUGGCCGAUGCCACAAAAGCCGGAUUGCUGCAGAUACAUGGCAUUGUCUAUGAUACAAAAUCCGGCCAGGCCCUGAAGCUGGCGGAUGGAUUACAAGAAGGCGUGAACAUUUGGCCAGGCCACGAAACAAUCUGA